UGUCGAUGCUCGUAUGAAUGCCUUCCUCUUCAGUGCUGGAACGCUGUAAGUGAUGUGUUUUGCACGGAUGAAAACUGCGGGUCCGGGGCGGACUGCGCUAAUCGUGUGCGGACGAGUUCAAGAAUCGAACUGAUCGAUACCCCGAAGGGACUUGGAGAUCGUACUUCCGACUGGUUGAGCUCGUGGGAGGUAGUGGGUGAAUACACAGGCGUCCUUACCACCUCUGAAGACAGCAUCAGAGAAAGCCACUACGCGUUGAUGAUGGGUACUCCGAGUGCGGACGGGCAAAUUGUAUUCGUCGACGCCGCGGCUUGUGGCGGAAUAAUCCGUCACAUGAACCAUUCGUGU